AUGGCGGGCGUGGGUCGUAACAUGGUGGCGCCGCUGCUGGUGCUGAACCUCAUCAUGUACAUCAUCGUCAUCGGCUUCGCCAGCUGGAACCUCAACCACUUCAUCAACGGCCUCACCAACCGCCCCGGCGUCGGCGGCAACGGCGCCACCUUCUACUUCCUCCUCUUCGCCAUCCUAGCCGGGGUCGUCGGCGCCGCAUCCAAGCUCGCCGGCGUGCACCACGUCCGCACCUGGCGCGGGGACAGCCUGGCCACCUCCGCCUCGUCGGCGCUGGUGGCCUGGGCCAUCACGGCGCUGGCCUUUGGCUUGGCGUGCAAGGAGAUCCAUAUCGGCGGGUACCGCGGGUGGCGCCUCCGGGUGCUCGAGGCGUUCGUCAUCAUCCUGGCCUUCACGCAGCUGCUCUACGUGCUCGCGCUGCACUCUGGCCUCUUUGGGAACCAGUUCGGUAACCAUGCCGGUGGUGGGUAUCCGGCGGAGCAUGCCUACGGCGCCGGCGUCGGCGACCCGCAUAACAAGGGCUUGGGCACCGGCGGCGUGGCCAGGGUGUGA